ACUUAGCCCACCUUCCAAAGCUGCAUGCACUCUCCUCCUCCAACACUUAGCAGCAGUCCCUCUAAAUUGCACCCUGUCCUGUUACAUUGGAGAAAUGGCUGUCCGCCUCUCCUCUUGCUGCUUCCACUUACAUGCUCUCUUCUUGGGCCUCUCUCUGGCAAUGCCGCUCUGCCUCCCCGGUGCGUCAAGCGCCGCCACCUUCACUUUUGUCAACAGAUGCAACUUCCCCGUGUGGCCCGGGAUCCUAUCUGGGUCGGGCAGCCCCCCGCUGGAAACCACGGGGUUCGAGCUCGCCAAGGGCGGGGGUUCCCGCUCCGUGCAGGCACCGAGUGGAUGGUCGGGGCGGCUCUGGGGCCGGAGCGGGUGCUCCUUCGACGGCUCGGGCCGGGGCUCGUGCGCCACAGCCGACUGCGGCUCGGGCGAGGUCGAGUGCAACGGGGGCGGCGCAGCCCCUCCAGCCACCCUGGCGGAGUUCACUCUAGGAGGUUCGGUGUCUCAAGAUUUCUAUGAUGUUAGUCUUGUUGAUGGUUACAAUUUGCCCAUGGUCAUUGAUGGCACUGGUGGUUCAGGUAAAUGCGCGUCCACGGGGUGCGUGACGGACCUCAACCGCCAGUGCCCGGCAGAGCUGAGGGCCGGCGGAGGCGCAGCGUGCAGGAGCGCCUGUGAGGCCUUCAGGAGCCCCGAGUACUGUUGCAGCGGCACAUACAACUCGCCUUCCGCUUGCAAGCCAUCUCUCUACUCCCAAAUCUUCAAGACGGCUUGUCCCAGAUCAUAUAGCUACGCCUACGACGAUGCCACCAGUACUUUCACCUGUACCGGCGCGGACUAUACCAUCACAUUUUGCCCCAAUUCACCGAGCAUCAAAUCUGCAACAGACUCCUCUCCCAAGAGCACAACACCAGCUACAGAUAGCUCAGCAACAGCCGGGUCCGGAUCAGGGUCGGAUUCGAAUCCAACCCAAGACACAGCAUUUACCACUUCAUGGCUGGCCAAUUUGGCCACAGGCGAUUCGCCACGCUGUCCUCCUUCCUCGAUUAUUGGGUUCUCACUCAAUGUGGCCAUCUCUUUCUCCCUCUUGCAAGUUUUGUAGCCAGACAGGAGAGUACAUAGAAGAGGCCAAAGUGAGCUGGCUUGAUUGCCUUUUGAUGAGGAGAAAGUAGCUGAAUCCAGAUUGUAAACUACCCACUUCCUAGUUAUGGACAACCGAUGAUUAUAGCUUUACAUUUCAUCAUGUCUUAAAUUAUGUAAACCAUUUUGUUUGGAUGCAAGACUGAAAAGCAGUAUGCUCUUACAAGAAUCUGAUAUACAAUUCGUUACCA